CCGCCAAGGCCACAAACGUUCAAGAUGCUGACAAUCGAUCGCAUGACCGACAAACUCUCGUCCAGCAUUGCGAUCGCUGCACUCAGUGGCCUCGUCGUACUUCCAUUGGCAUGGCGCUUACUGGUCGCUUCCAAUACUAACAGCAAGUCACAGCACGGGACUCGCAAGGUGUUGCGUCCUUCAACGACUAAACCGUUGCUGGGCAACACACUCGACGUCAUUGGCAACGUCCCUAUUCGCCACGACUGGAUAGCCAAUUUGUGCUUGGAAGCCAAGGGAGAGCCCGUACUGCUUCAAUCUCUAGGAACUCCUGACAUGACGCUGCUCUCGACCCCUCAAGCGUUCGAAGAUGUGUUCAAGAACCAGUUUGACAACUUUCCCAAAGGACCGAAGAAGGCAGAGUAUCUGCGUGAACUGCUGGGAGAAGGAAUCUUCGCAGUGGAUUACGAAAAAUGGCACCGUCAGCGUAAAACAGCGAGCAACUUGUUCACUAUGAGAGCUCUGAGAGAUUCCAUGACGAGUACGAUUCAGCGUCAUUUGGUUGUCUUGGAGCGGAUCUUCCAUCGGGCAGCGGAGACCAAUAAGACGGUGGAUAUGUUUCGGCUUCUGAAUCGCUUCACUAUGGAGGCGUUCACGGAGAUCGGCUUUGGGGUGCACAUGAAUUGUCUGGAUGCCGCCGAGGAGCACCCGUUCCAGACUGCAUUCGAUCGCAGUCAGCAGUUGUUUGUACUGCGCUUCGUCAGACCAGGUUGGUUCUGGAAACUUCAACGUUUCCUUGGCAUUGGAGCCGAGGGUCAAGUGAAAAAGGACAUGGACGUGAUCAACUCGACUAUCUUCGAUAUCGUAACCCAGACACUCGAACACCGUGCCAAGGGAACACAAGAUGAUGAAGGAGGAGGCAAAGACAUUGUGUCCCUGUUCCUGGAUGACCUGAACAAAUCGGGGGAUGUAGACGAAGGCUGCUUUGAUCCUACCUACCUCCGAGACAUUGUCCUGAACUUCAUCAUUGCUGGUCGUGAUACCACAGCACAAGCGCUGAGUUGGUUUUUCUACUGCCUCAGCAAAAAUCCCGAUGUGGAAACCAAGAUCCGCGAGGAGGUGGCUGCAAAGCUGCCCAAGUUGGUCAGUGGACAAUGCAGUCCGUCCAUGGACGAAGUGGGUGAGCUCAUUUACGUGGAGGCUGCGUUGAGGGAGACACUACGACUGUAUCCAUCUGUCCCCAUUGUCAGUAAGCAAGCAGUUCAUGAUACGGUGCUGUCUGACGGCACUUUCAUUGCUGCUGGGACGAUGGCUGGAUUGCCGAUGUAUGCUCUAGGACGGAUGCCUCACGUGUGGGGUCCCGAUGCUGCCGAAUUUAAACCAGAACGGUGGAUCGACUCUGGCAAACUGAUUUCCGUCUCAGCUUACCAGUUCGUGGCAUUCAAUGCUGGCCCCCGUCUGUGUCUUGGCAAGAACCUCGCGAUGCUCGAGAUGAAGUUGAUCGUAGCGUCCUUGUUGAGUAAGUACCAUGUCGAGCUGGAGAAUCCUGAGAACGUGACGUACGCCAUCUCGUUCACACUCCCCGUGAAAGGACAACUCAACGCCAAGAUCAGUGCAGUUUAGUCAUGUGAAACCCAUUUGUUGAAAGGCUCCUAUCACACCCACGUAAGGACUACUUAAGUAAUUGACACACAGCUUACGUAAUGUUAAUGAUGAAUUUUUAGUGAUGGUAGAA